AUGACGACGACGGCUUUGAAGUGUAAUGUGAAUAACUGCUCGUUUUAUUAUCACGUUAACUGUCUGAAGACGUUAAAGUAUGGGAAGUGUGAGAAGAGGUCGCUGACGUGUUCGCAUCACACGUGUGCCUCUUGUGCUGCCGAUGCUGAGAAGAUGGGCAUGGCCGAAAGAGGUAAAAUGCUAAAGUGCAUAGUCUGCCCGAAUGCCUACCACACUGGUGAUCUGUGCAUAGCGGCUGGCAGCAGGAUACUUUCAAAUGGCUGGAUAAUUUGUGGGGACCAUCACCAGAUGUCAGAUAACAAGAGGAAGCACCAGGAACAUGUUAAUGUUGCUUGGUGCUUCUCUUGUGGGGAAGGUGGUUCUUUGGUCUGCUGUGAGAACUGUCCUGCUUCAUUUCAUCCAGCAUGCUGUGAAACUCCUCCAUCUGAAGAAGAAAAAUGGAUUUGUGAGUUGUGUCUCGAUGGUAAGAGGCCUCUCUAUGGCGAGAUUGUUUGGUGCAAGGCAGGAAUAUACAGAUGGUGGCCCGGAGAGAUAUGCCACCCCCGAAACGUGCCCACCAACAUCCAGAACAUAGCCCACGGUAUCGGGGAUUUCCCAGUUCGAUUUUUUGGGUCGUACGAUUAUUUAUGGACACACAAGGGCAGAGUUUUCAGUUUUCAGGAGGGAGAUAAGAAGGGAGCUAAGAGAGGGAGUUCAAAGUCUUUUGUUGAAGUUUUCAGUAAAGCUCUCGAUGAGGCAGACGUUGCGGCCCGGAUAUAUUACGACGAGAGGAACAAGAAAGAUUUGAAGGUGUAUGAUAAGAAGCCAGGCCCUUACAAGCAUGUCAAGUCCAACGUCCCGAUCGGGAAGGUGGAAAUCUUCAAAGUCCCACUGACUGAGAUCCCUAGGUGCCAAUGCAGUCCAGAGAUGCCCAGUCCGUGCGGUCCCGAUUCCGACUGCAUAAACAGGCUGAUGAUGUACGAGUGUGAUGUUGCCGUCUGCCCUGCUGGGGAGAUGUGCCUCAACCGGGCCAUCCAGUCCAGGUGGGAUGUGGAUACUGAGUACUUCAGGACCGCCGAUAACAGGGGCUGGGGGCUGAGAACCAAGAUCGACAUUAAAAAGGGCCAGUUCAUCCACGAGUAUGUAGGUGACCUGAUAGAUGAGGAGGAAUGCAAGGAGAGGCUGAGAAGGGCCAAGGAAUCCAACGUAACCAACUUCUACAUGCUAACCCUUGAUAAGAACAGAAUCAUAGAUGCAGGACCAAAAGGCAACAACUCUCGUUUUAUGAACCACAGUUGCCAGCCAAAUUGUGAAACUCAAAAGUGGAAUGUUAACGGAGAUGUGAGGGUUGGACUGUUCGCUAUGAGGUUCAUUGAAGCUGGUGAGGAGCUAACAUUCAACUACAACUUUGAUUGCCUGGGUGAUAAGAAGACCAUAUGCCACUGUGGGAUGCCUGUCUGUAGUGGUUUCCUUGGUGAGAGGCCAAAGUCGACCAGCACGGAGGCAGAGAGGACAUUGAUAACAAAGAAGAAGAAGAGGAGAGCUCGAAACGUUACAAAGGACUUGAUAGUUCACGAGGACCUCUGCUUCAGGUGCGGUCUCGGGGGAGAGCUGGUGCUUUGUGAUAAGACAGGCUGCACUAAAUCAUAUCAUCUUGAUUGCCUCAAUCUCAAUCACUUGCCCAGAGGAAAAUGGAUAUGUCCCUGGCACCUGUGCAACGAGGAAAACUGUGGCAAGUGGUCCUCCCAACUCUGCAGUAUGUGCCCGAAUUCGUUCUGCUCGAGACACACGGAGGGUAACAUCAUAGUACUGGCCACUGGUCGAAUCGUCUGCGAUGACCACCCACCUUCCUGCCCUCAACUGCAGUACCUCCUGUCAAAAGAUUGGGAAGAAUUGAAGAGUAGAGACA